AUGUCAUCAGAAGCAACGCCCAUAAACCCCGCGCGCUUCGCGGAGGCCCUGAAAGAGCUCCCCGCUAGCACUCUCGCGCUCAAAGUCCUCGAGCUGCGCAACUCCAUAGCGCACCUCGACUACUCCAACGCAGAACUCAAGCCGUUUACCGAGUGUCGCGAGCCCACGCUGGGUUCCACCGACUCGAACCUGCCUGACCAAGACUGCAUCGAUGCAAUUGCCGAGAAUGAGGCCGUCAUCGCACGCAUGCAGGGGCGCAUAGAGCUGAUCAGGACCGAGGUCGAGAACCGAGGACUGAGCUGGGCUGAGUUCCAAGGCCAGGAGCAGCAGAACAGAUCGGAAGAUGCGGCGGCGACAACUGGGGGCGGUUUGACGAAUGGUGUGAAUGGUCAUACGCCGGUAGAGAAUGGACAACAGCACCCUGCGUGGCAAGAUGGCACCUUCCAGACGGGAACGGUACGCGGACUUGGGGACGAGGAGUUGAUGCGCCAGUUGCAAGAACGCAUGAACGAGCUCAAUUCAGACCACGAGCAGGACAGCGAAGGUGGCUUGCAUUUGUAG